GGUUAGUAGUUCUAGAGGGCGAUUUGAGUAUUUGUUCAAGGUAAGUUGAUCCAGUCAUCUGUGAGUGUGAAGUUUGUUUCAUCAGUCAUCUGGAUCGACAGUCAUCAUGUUCAUCUUACUCGCUGCCAUUUUCAUCCUCCACAUCGCCUGUAUCACACUACUGCUCGCCGCCACCAUACAUAAUGCAUGGUGGAUGACAGACACCGUUUCCACUGAUAUUUGGGCUCGCUGGAUUCUGAUUGGUGGAAAGUGGAACUACACUCACAUUCCUGCGCACUAUCCUCAAGAGUAUCUACAGGCGGUUCAGGCGAGCUCAGUACUCGCAUGCAUCUUCUGCAUUCUCGGCCUGUUUGUGUUUGUGGCACAGCUGUACACACUACCUAAAGGAAAACGCUUCCUGUUCUCUGGAACCUUCCAGCUACUCGCAUGCUUGUGUAUGAUCAUCGCAGCGUCCAUCUACACGGACAUCUUUCAUAAAGACGAGCAUGACGGAUGGUACGGAGCGUCCUUCAUUCUCGCCUGGAUCUCCGUCUGUCUCACCUUCAUCUUGUGUGUCACCUACUUCAUUCUGCGCAAGAAAACAGCAGCAUGAACACACACACGCAGGCUUGAUAUAUAUUUUGUCAUAAAGACAUUCUGAAAUGUGAUUAGAUUUGUGUGCAUCUAAUAUAUGGAUGUUUUUUAAGAUUCUUUGACACUCGACUGUUGUAAAGCAUUUGUAGGUGUUUUACAGAUGAUAUUGAAUUUACGUAAUUGUAGAAACACUGCUGGUCUAAAUCUAUCAUUAGUCCAUUAUAAAAUGUAUUAUAAACACUUGUUUAGAGAAUAGAGGGAGUGUUGUGUUAGUACAUUACAAUAUCAAUCAUCUGGUUCAUGCUGAUCACAGCAUUAACACACACUUUAUUGUUUAAUUAAAGGCACUUCUGAGUUUGAAAAAUGAAACUUCUUUAAACUUAUUUUUAUGUUAAAAUAUUUAGGAUUCAAUAACCUUAUAUUAGAAUAAGAUUGUAACUGAAUUCAAAUGCUUAGAUACUAACAGUUUUGGUAAUUUCACCAAAUAAUGUAAUUCUCAGAUCAUGAAGUAAUUUUUCAUUAUUGAUUACUUCUGUCUUACGCUCUUGUCACCUCUCAUUACGAUGGCAACAAACAUAUAUGAAAAACUGUUCUCUAAAGGUUUGACGUGACGGUGAUGACAGCAGUAUUGGCACAAAGCAAAUCUUUAUUAUAAAAAUCGUACAAUCUACACAAGCACUAAAUGAAUUUAAAAUAAGUAAUUAAAGAGCUAAAGAAAAUAAAAAGCUCUUAUAAUCUAAUUUAUAAUAGAACACAUAUGUGGGUAAAAAAAAUGACACACCCGUCUACUUUUUAGGACAUAAUUUUUAAAUGAAGUGGUCUUUUGAUCUGCAUCUCCAGAUAUUUUUCGAUUAAGGUGUCUUCUAUAAUGUGAGUGACUUUUUAACAUUUAGUUGAAUAGUUUUUUAAUCAUAAGAUAUUUUGCAGCACUAUUCCAAGAAUGCAUAUGUGGGUGCUAUAUAACCCAUAUGUGUUUGCUGUGGGAUUCAGUGCAUUCAGCACUGGUGUUAUUUGUGUAAUAAAUUGUUUUCGGUUUCCAUUUGUGUUGUAAAUAAAUAUAUGUUAAAUACCAUGUUCACAUUUAUAUUUACGUGCACUAUGCAAGUAUUGAAAGUUGUUUGACAUUACAUUCAUAACAGGGACCGUACUCAUGGAGCAAGCGGAGGUCAGAUGCCAUGAUGUAUUACAUGUUCAAUAAUGUUUUCUGACGAGUGUGAUUGUGUAACUUAAAUUUAAAUGUUAACAAGAAAAAAUCAUAAAAUCACUGAUUCUUUGAAAGGAAUACAUAGAUUAUCUAUUAAUUGCCAACAAAAGUCUUCAUCAGCCAACUAACAAGGGACAAUGCAUCUAUAUGAACUUCUGCAGUUAAUCCAGGAUGAACUUCAAAGACAUUAGUCAUUAAUCUUACAGUUCAAACAAAAGUCAGCACUCUGGCUGCUGCAUUUUGAACCAACUGAAGUUUAUUUAUUGAACUUGCAGUACAUCCUCCCAGUAAUACAUUACAAUAAUCUAGUCUUGAGGUCAUGAACGCAUUAAUUAGCUUUUCUCUUGACAGCAUGAGUGUGAUCAUUGUACUAAGGUGCAAGGCUUUUUCUUUCAUUUUAAUUUAAUCAAAGGGGGGUGACAUUGUCAGGAGUGCUAGAGAAGACUGUAUUUAUAUUUUCUGGUAUUACUUUAAGUUCUUCUAGGCUUUUUGGCUCACUGAGUAUGUGAGACAAUUCUGGAAGAUUAUUAGUGAAGCUAUCUCUAGUGGUCGAAAGAAUAGUUCUACCUGAACGAUUGCAUGGUGUAGAU